CAAUCCCAUCCUGCCUGACGCCGGAGCGGCCAGUCAUGAGGCGGCACCCCCCCCGGGGGCGGGACGAGGGGGCGGAGUUGAUUGGCGGAGUCUGAAGUCGCCUACUUCAGGCGCCGGGUGGUAGACGGGUUAGUCCGCUGAGGGUGGAGACCAGGGAGCAGAGGCCGCCUGCAACGUUCUGCGAAGCCAGUCGCACACCAUGGCGGACAGCCGGGAUCCAGCCAGCGACCAGAUGAAGCUCUGGAAGGAGCAGCGGACCGCGCAGAAACCUGAUGUCCUGACCACCGGGGCUGGUAAUCCAGUAGGAGACAAGCUUAAUGUUAUGACAGUGGGGCCCCGGGGGCCCCUGCUUGUUCAGGAUGUGGUUUUCACUGAUGAAAUGGCUCACUUUGACCGGGAAAGAAUCCCUGAGAGAGUCGUGCACGCCAAAGGAGCAGGGGCUUUUGGCUACUUCGAGGUCACGCAUGACAUUACCAGAUACUCCAAAGCAAAGGUGUUUGAGCAUAUUGGAAAGAGGACUCCCAUUGCGGUUCGAUUCUCCACGGUCGCCGGAGAGUCAGGCUCAGCUGACACAGUUCGUGACCCUCGUGGGUUUGCAGUGAAAUUUUACACAGAGGAUGGUAAUUGGGAUCUUGUUGGAAAUAACACCCCCAUUUUCUUCAUCAGGGAUGCCAUAUUGUUUCCGUCCUUUAUCCAUAGUCAAAAGAGAAACCCGCAAACACACCUGAAGGACCCGGACAUGGUCUGGGACUUCUGGAGCUUGCGCCCUGAAUCUCUGCAUCAGGUUUCCUUCUUGUUCAGUGAUCGAGGGAUUCCAGAUGGACACAGGCACAUGAAUGGAUAUGGAUCGCAUACUUUUAAGCUGAUCAAUGCGAAGGGAGAGGCAGUUUAUUGCAAAUUCCAUUAUAAGACUGACCAGGGCAUCAAAAAUCUUUCUGUCAAAGACGCAGCAAGACUUUGUCAGGAAGACCCUGACUACGGUCUGCGGGAUCUUUUCAAUGCCAUUGCCACAAGCAACUACCCCUCCUGGACACUUUACAUCCAGGUCAUGACUUUUAAUCAGGCAGAAACCUUUCCAUUCAAUCCAUUUGAUGUUACCAAGAUUUGGCCUCACCAGGACUACCCUCUUAUCCCAGUUGGUAAACUGGUCUUAAACCGGAAUCCAGUUAAUUACUUCGCUGAGGUUGAACAGAUGGCAUUUGACCCAAGCAACAUGCCCCCUGGUAUUGAGCCCAGCCCUGACAAAAUGCUUCAGGGCCGCCUGUUUGCCUAUCCUGACACUCACCGCCACCGCCUGGGACCCAACUAUCUUCAGAUACCUGUGAACUGUCCUUUUCGUGCUCGAGUGGCCAACUACCAGCGUGACGGCCCCAUGUGUAUGCUGGACAAUCAGGGUGGUGCUCCAAAUUACUACCCCAAUAGCUUCAGUGCUCCCGAACAACAGCCUUGUGCCGUGGAACACAGCACCCGGUGCUCUCCGGAUGUGCAGCGCUUCAACAGUGCCAACGAAGAUAAUGUCACUCAGGUGCGGGUGUUCUAUACAAAGGUGCUGAAUGAAGAGGAGAGAAAACGCCUGUGCGAGAACAUCGCUGGCCAUCUGAAGGACGCACAACUUUUCAUCCAGAAGAAAGCGGUCAAGAACUUCAGUGAUGUCCAUCCUGACUAUGGGGCCCGCAUCCAGGCUCUUCUGGACAAAUACAAUGCUGAGAAACCCAAGAACGCAAUUCACACCUUUAUGCAGCAUGGGUCUCACUUGGCUGCAAGGGAGAAAGCCAACCUGUGAGAGUCGGGCCCUGGGCCUGCGCCAAGCUGCUCUCCACCUGUGAAGCAAAGCGUGGUGUUCACACAUGUACCCACUCUUCGCCGGAUAGAAGAUUCUCCUGUGCUAGGUGCGCAAAUGCAAGCUUGUGUCUGUAGAAUGAUAAUCCAGGUUUCAAUAGCAAGUAAUGUAGCCGUGGCUUUUAGUGCUGUUUUCCCAGGGGGAAAUAAGGGUAGGGCUUAACAAUGAUAUAACAAGAAAAUGUAUUUGCUUUUGACAGUUGGGUUAUUCACUUAAAAUGACUAGAAUGAAAGUUUCUGGCAGAAAUAUGAUUUUAUUUGAUAAGAAAAAAUCUUGGUGAAAUUAGUAUGUUUACAUAUCAUCUCAUGGCCUUAUUAUAUAAAAAUAUGGCUGAAAUUAUAUAAGAAGAAAAGAUAAUCUACUCAGAAAUUUUAAUUUUUCUCAGUUCCAUAUGGGAAAAACACAUUUAAUGCAUUGAUGUCUUUUGAAAAUAAUUUCAUUGACAUCAUAGCUUAAUGCUUAUUCCUGUCUGGAACUGAUCAGAUUUUUUUAAACUUGGAAUUACAUCUAUGCUAAUGUAGCAUUGAUUUUGCAACAGACUGAUUUGUAAUUGCUACAUUUUUACAAUAAAAUAAUCUGUACAUAAGAAGAA